AUGUCGUCCAUUCCUCCACGCCCGCCGACACCCCAGAUCGUGGUCCAUCACCUCCCCGACAGGCCAGGCCCGAGCACGACGGCAAAACCCAAGAAAACCUUGAUCUUGAUCAUGGGAUCCACCACGGUCACCGGUAGAGCACAGGUUCUCCGAGAAGUCGGUAACGCCCUGUCUUGCCCCACCUACGUGGGCGACAGUAUCCAUGACUCGUCAGCCAAAGCCGCCAGCGUCGGCGCCUCUCGGCGCAGCCACACCGAGAAUACAGAAACGGGGUCCAGCUCUCGGCCAGCCGGUCCCAACGAGGGGCUUUACAAGCGGCUUUGGCUUUCGAAAUUGACUCGCACCGGUCUCCUGUUCCCGGAGGAAUCCAGACCUGCGCAAGAAGGUUUCUCUGGCUUCGGGGCUGGUGCCGGCGGGGCAUUCUCGUCGCCGACCUUGACGAGAACAACUACCAGCCGGCGGGGUUCCAUUGACAUUAGCGCCAGCGACUCGGCCCCGUGGGGCGAUGCGGGAACAUCCGCAGCCCCGUCCGUGUCAGACAAGACCCUGGUCUUCCAGAUAUCCGAGGCGGAGCGGCUGCGCCGAGAGAACCCGGUGCUCAUGGCCCUGACGCACCCCUACAUAGAGAAAUGGCACAAGAUGAUCAUCCGACAAGCUCUCGGAGAGUAUGGCAUCGGCGUUAUUUUUGUUCCCUUGUACAAAGAACAGCCCGAUACACAGGGGGAAGGCGAUGAUGAGACCGAUGAUCUGCCGAUACUCCGGCCGUUGGACCCAAGCUCCAUGUCAUCAUUUCCACUCUCGUUUGGUGCAGAUAGGACCGUGGCUGGCAAGCCUAGAGGCUGGGCCAGCCUCGAUGAGGAGAUGCAAGUUGCCACUGAUGUCGAUGCAGACAUCGAGACAAAGAUCCGGAACAUUGUGGAUGGCAUCAAGUUCAUCAUUGGAAUCGAUUAG